CGGGACGCGGCGCGGCCCCUCCGUGCGCCCCCGCCUCCCCGGCGCUGGGGUUCCGCCGCCAGCGAGGCCCGCGCCCCCGCAGCUGGUGUGACUGACAGUAGUGCACAUUUCCCCUUAAAUAGUUUCCCAAAGUGGAAGGACUCCUCGGGGACUGGUGUGGAGUUUCUUAUUCUCUGGUCUUUGCUGUCAAAGCAAACCCAUCUGUGUCCAGUGCGUGGGAUUGCAGAGACCCUUCGAAACGGGAGUUGGCGGCAGAAGCGUUUUGCUGUGGCUGGAAGAGAGCCCGAAAUUAGACGUUGGAUCGAACAUGUUGCAUUUGCGACUGCUUGAGGACUAAGGGCAAAACUCGUCUCUCCCGGUCGAUGGAGACGUUGGCAGAGCCAUCCCCACGCCCUGCGCGCGGAAGUCGGAGAGGGAAAUCGCGUUAAAUCACCAACUGAUAUAUUUUUGAAGCUGAAAAAUCUGAGAUGCAUUAGAAUUCAGAGACCUCCCUUUGCUUAAGGUAUGGUGUGAAUAUGCGUUGCUUGGCAGCUCGGGUCAACUACAAGACUUUGAUCGUCAUCUGCGCUCUCUUCACCCUGGUGAUGGUGCUGCUCUGGAACCGAUGCUCCUCUGACAGAGCCGGCCCGUUCCCCCGCAGCCUCGCUGGUCCCGAACGCCGAGCCGCCGCUGCAGCCUCCGAGAGUGACCUGGCCCGGCAGCAGAGUGAGGAGGCAUCGCCCCAGGAGCAGCAGAAAGCUCCCCCCGUCGCAGGAGGCUUCAACGGCAACAAAGCCCCGGGGCUGAAGUAUGAGGAGAUUGACUGUCUGAUCAAUGACGAGCACACCGUUAAAGGCAGGAGGGAAGGCAACGAGGUCUUCCUGCCGUUCAGCUGGGUAGAGAAAUACUUUGAGGUUUAUGGGAAAAUUGCUCAGUACGAUGGUUAUGACAGGUUUGAAUUCUCUCAUAGCUACUCCAAAGUAUACACACAGCGAGCACCUUACCACCCCGAUGGGGUCUUCAUGUCCUUCGAGGGCUACAACGUAGAGGUUCGAGACAGAGUGAAGUGCAUAAGUGGUGUUGAAGGUGUGCCAUUAUCCACACAGUGGGGACCUCAAGGCUAUUUCUACCCCAUCCAGAUUGCACAGUACGGGUUGAGCCACUACAGUAAAAACCUGACAGAGAAACCACCUCACAUCGAGGUGUACGAAACGGCCGAAGAGAAGGACAAAACCAGCAGGUCCGCAGACUGGACAGUGCCAAAAGGCUGCUCUCUGUCCACAGUAUCUGAUAAAGCCAAGUUCACUAGUGUCAAACAGUUUGUUGCUCCAGAAAAUACCGAGGGGGUAUCUCUGCAGCUUGGGAACACCCGAGAUUUUAUUAUUUCUUUCGAUCUCAAAUUCAUAACAAAUGGGAGCAUUUCCGUGGUUCUCGAGACGACGGAGAAGAACCAGCUCUUCACUGUCCACUACGUCUCCAACACCCAGCUCAUCGCUUUUAAGGACCGAGACAUCUACUAUGGCAUCGGUCCCAGGACUAGCUGGAGCACCCUCACCAGAGACCUGGUAACCGACCUACGGAAAGGCGUCGGCCUCUCGAACACAAAAGCCGUCAAGCAGACCAAAAUCAUGCCCAAGAGAGUGGUGAGGCUGGUAGCGAAGGGUAGAGGCUUCCUCGAUAAUGUCACCAUCUCGGCCACCGCUCACAUGGCGGCUUUUUUUGCUGCCAGCAACUGGCUGGUGAGGAACCAGGACGAGAGGGGUGGCUGGCCCAUCAUGGUGACGAGGAAGCUGGGGGAAGGCUUUAAGUCCUUGGACCCAGGCUGGUACUCGGCCAUGGCGCAAGGACAGGCCAUCUCGACGCUGGUGCGGGCGUACCUGCUGACGAAGGACCACGCGUUCCUCAGCUCGGCUCUGCGGGCGACGGCGCCGUACAAGCUGCCAUCGGAGCAGCGCGGGGUGAAAGCCGUCUUCAUGAACCGGCACGACUGGUACGAGGAGUACCCGACCUCACCCAGCUCCUUCGUGCUCAACGGUUUCAUGUACUCCUUAAUCGGGCUGUAUGACUUAAAAGAAACGGCCGGGGAGAAGCUGGGGAAGGAGGCGCGGGUUCUCUACGAGCGGGGCAUGGAGUCCCUGAAGGCCAUGCUUCCCCUCUACGACACCGGCUCAGGGACCAUCUACGACCUUCGGCACUUCAUGCUCGGCACCGCUCCCAACCUGGCCCGAUGGGACUAUCACACCACUCACAUCAACCAGCUCCAGCUCCUCAGCACGAUAGACGAGUCCCCCAUCUUCAAAGAGUUCGUCAAGAGGUGGAAGAGCUACCUGCGAGGCGGCCGGGCAAAGCACAACUAGAGCUUACAACCAAACCCCUCGGUCCUGCUGCCUCGCAGAGUUCUUUGUAUGGAGAUCCUUUAGCUGUAUGGUUUCUUUACAGACGUGUGGACAGAAAACACGCAGACAGCGUGCAGGCUUCGAAGUCACGUCACGUAAGCACAACUCAGUGGGGCUCACGGACUGCACAAAGCCUGCAACCAUGCCACCCCCUUUUUAUAAAGCCAAAUUUACCAUCGCCUGUCAGGUUUGCUGGUGUCGCCUCCUCCUUGGUAGCUGGAAUCUCUUGUCGUGGAGCCUGAUGUUUUGUACUGUAUUUUUUAAUUACAUCUGAGAGGUUUCUCUAAGCUUUGGCAACUUCAUUCUUUGGGAGACUUGUCUUGAAUUCCUGAGUAUGACGUGGAGCUCAUUUUCAGUAGCGUGCAGGAAAUGCAAUUGGAAUUAAUUACAGUUUUCCUAUGGUGAUUUUCAUUUUUAACCUGCUUGAGUGUAUCAAGCAUUUUAAAAAUUAAAAUUACCCCAGAGGGCUUUCCAGCUCCACCUGUGCUUUAAUACCAAGUUUCACCUCUGCCUACUGUCUUACUCAUAGUGUAAGGGGUUGUUACAUCUCCAGCACUGGCUUUUUGGGUGUGCUUUGUCUUCGUGGCUCUGCCAAGCAAGCAAGGGUACCCGUGCAAUAACCAAACACACAUGUCCGAACCCAAACGCUUUCACUGUACUGUUGUAAUGCAGAAGAAACCAGGUGGUUUCUUUUUCCUGUUUAUCAGUCCUUUACAACCACCAUUAGUCUGCCUUCUUGGUGUGUAGCAUCCUGGUUGAUCCAGAAGAGUAAAACCAACUGAUAGCAUCAUUAGAUCAGGGGUGUUUUGGUUGGUAGUGUAGCAAAUAUUGGGUUAUCAGCUCUGUUGAGGCAUGCUGAUGUUUGCUGUUAAGAGUCCCAGACUCGAAAGCUCCUGACGUAUGCCGGCAUGGGAAGGACAUGUAUUAGCUUUGGGGUUUUUCCACUGAUCCUAUUACGUGUUGUACGUGUAGGUGGGGGUUAAGCUUAAGAAGUUCGUGCUGACAACAAAGUUCAUUCAAAUCACAAAAAGGCUAGGCACAAGGACAAUAUGCAUCUUGGUUUUACUUUUUCUUUUCUCUAUUUUUUGAUGCUUUUUCUAUUUCUCGCAGAUAUUUGAAGCAAUUUUUUAAUUACUUGAUCUUUGCAAACACAUGCUACGAUUAUAUCAAUUAAUAUGAAAAGUGGAUGUCACAGGAGAAAUUUCAAUACCAAAGGUAGCAGAGGUGAAUUUUUUUUUACGUACAUGUGUACACACACGCGCACACUCACACACAUACAAAACCCAGAAAAAUGUGCUUCCUUUACAAACGACUGGUCCUUGCUGCAAACACAGAAACAUCUUUCUCCUGCAUGUUUCCUCCAUCUUGUGCCCAUUUUGGAUUUGGAGAAUCUAGAGAGACUCUCUGGGUACUGCUCAAGAGGUGGUAUCGGUGCCUUACGGAGGCCACAAUUUCCUCUUGGUUUUGGGGGGUUUUUUUGGUUUUUUGGUUUUUUUUGUUUUUUUUUUUUAAUUAAUGCCAGUUGAAAAAUUGCAGUGUUGCUGAUUUUUCAGUGCUUCGUGAGCGGCAGCCCGGCAGCUGUUGGAUAGGUGAGCUCAGAAGCGUAGGUUGGCCAUGCCAACGCUGUCGGUCCUGUCAGACCACCUUAUCCUUAACAUCUCCAUUGCAUUUUUGUUGGCCUUAGCACAUGUGUGAUGUCAACCAACGACCAUCAGAGGUUGUAGAACCGAAGAGAGUUAGUGUGGGGUUUCUCCUGUUACUCUUUUUAAUUGAGUUGUGCAGUGGAAAAGGAUUAUUGGACAUUGGUGCCCAUAACUUCAUCGAAUUCACUUAAGUUGGGUUUUUUUGUUUCUUUUCAGUCUUCAAACUGACAAAGGUCUUAGGGGCUAAGAUCUGUUCAAUCUUUCCAUGGGGCUUACUGUACAUAGACUUCAUCGGAAACAUAGUGCGCAUGAGUAUAUGCAAACCAGUGACACAAGCACAACUGUACAAGUGUGGCAGUGCUGUUUUUCUUGGCCAUUGUGCAAGACAUUCACUGAAAGCUGCUAUUUUCAUUCACCUUGUAAUUGUACUUUAUUUUUUCUACUUUUUUUUUUUUUUUUACAUGUGGGAUAUACACCAUGUGUUAAAUAUGCAAUAAAUUGUUUACAGGAUGCUCUUGUAAAGGGUAGUCCUUUGUAAAGCUGUACAGACUUUGCAGUUUAAGCACAAUGUGCACAUGUUAGUUUUAUAUACAGCAAGACAUGACUUUUUGCAGCGGGAAAGGUUCUACUAUGUUUAUAUACAAAGUAAAUGGAUCAACGUUUGUGCUUAAUGUAAAGCUGCUUUAUAAGACUGUAAAAUAAAUUUUUUUAUCUUAAGACAA